CCCCGCCCCGGCAACUUCCCUAGCGAAUAACAAAUACCCAUAAAGUCCCAGUCGCGCAGCCCCUCCCCGCGGGCAGCGCACUAUGCUGCUCGGGUGGGCGUCCCUGCUGCUCUGCGCGUUCCGCCUGUCCCUGGCCGCAGCCGGCCCCGCCGCCGCACCUGCCCAGGAUAAAGCCCGGCAGCCUCAGUCUGCUGCAGCGGCCGCCCAGCCCAGCCGGCUACAGGGGGAGGAGGCGCAGGAGCUGGCCGAGCCUCCAGGUCAUCCGCACCCCCUGGCGCAACGGCGCAGGAGCAGUGGGCUAGUGCAGAACAUCGAUCAGCUCUACUCAGGCGGCGGCAAGGUGGGCUACCUCGUCUACGCGGGCGGCCGGAGGUUCCUCCUGGACCUGGAGCGGGAUGGUUCGGUGGGCGCCGCUGGCUUUGUGCCUUCAGGAGGCGGGCCCAGCGCGUCCUGGCGCCACCGAAGCCACUGCUUCUAUAGGGGCACGGUGGACGGUAGCCCCCGCUCCCUGGCUGUCUUUGACCUCUGUGGGGGUCUCGACGGCUUCUUCGCGGUCAAGCACGCGCGCUACACCCUAAAGCCGCUGUUGCGCGGGCCCUGGGCCAACGCGGAAAACGGGCGCGUGUACGGGGAUGGAUCCGCGCGAAUCCUCCACCUCUACACCCGCGAGGGCUUCAGGUUCGAGGCCCUGCCGCCGCGCGCCAGCUGCGAGACCCCGGCGUCCCCACUAGGACCCCGAGAACGUCCCCUGGUGCACGGCAGCCCACGUCGACGGACAGAGCUGGCCCCGCGGCUCCUGGACCAGUCCACUACCUCGCCCGCCCGGGACCCAGGACCGCAGACGUGGUGGCGGCGUCGGCGCCGCUCCAUCUCCCGGGCCCGCCAGGUGGAGCUGCUCCUGGUGGCUGACGCGUCCAUGGCGCGGAUGUAUGGUCGGGGCCUGCAGCAUUACCUGAUGACUCUGGCUUCCAUCGCCAAUCGGCUGUACAGCCACGCCAGUAUCGAGAACCACAUCCGCCUGGCCGUGGUGAAGGUGGUGGUGCUAGGCGACAAGGACAAGAGCCUGGAAGUGAGCAAGAAUGCAGCCACUACACUCAAGAACUUCUGCAAGUGGCAGCACCAGCAUAACCAGCUGGGAGAUGACCACGAGGAACACUACGAUGCAGCCAUCCUGUUUACACGGGAGGAUUUGUGUGGGCAUCAUUCAUGUGACACCCUGGGAAUGGCAGACGUUGGGACCAUAUGUUCUCCAGAGCGCAGCUGUGCUGUGAUUGAAGACGAUGGCCUCCAUGCAGCUUUCACCGUGGCUCACGAAAUUGGACACCUACUUGGCCUUUCCCAUGAUGAUUCCAAAUUCUGUGAAGAAAACUUUGGUUCCACAGAAGAUAAGCGCUUAAUGUCUUCCAUCCUAACCAGCAUCGAUGCCUCCAAACCCUGGUCCAAAUGUACUUCCGCCACCAUCACCGAAUUCCUGGAUGACGGCCAUGGUAACUGUUUGCUAGACCUACCACGCAAGCAGAUCCAGAGUCCCGAGGAGCUCCCAGGACAGACCUACGACGCCACGCAGCAAUGCAACCUGACCUUCGGGCCCGAGUACUCCGUGUGUCCGGGCAUGGACGUCUGCGCUCGCCUGUGGUGCGCGGUGGUGCGCCAGGGCCAGAUGGUCUGUCUGACCAAGAAGCUGCCCGCCGUGGAGGGAACACCUUGUGGAAAGGGGAGGAUUUGCCUGCAGGGCAAGUGUGUGGACAAAACCAAGAAAAAGUAUUAUUCAACAUCAAGCCAUGGCAACUGGGGGUCUUGGGGGUCCUGGGGUCAGUGUUCUCGCUCCUGUGGGGGAGGAGUACAGUUCGCCUAUCGCCACUGCAAUAACCCUGCACCAAGAAACAACGGCCGCUACUGCACAGGGAAGAGGGCCAUCUACCGCUCCUGCAGUGUCACGCCCUGCCCACCCAAUGGUAAAUCAUUUCGUCAGGAACAGUGUGAGGCCAAAAAUGGCUAUCAGUCUGACGCAAAAGGAGUCAAAACCUUUGUGGAAUGGGUUCCCAAAUACGCAGGCGUCCUGCCCGGGGACGUGUGCAAACUGACCUGCAGAGCCAAGGGCACUGGCUACUAUGUGGUAUUUUCUCCAAAGGUGACUGACGGAACUGAAUGUAGACCCUACAGUAAUUCCGUUUGCGUCCGGGGGAAGUGUGUGAGGACCGGCUGCGACAGCAUCAUUGGCUCCAAGUUGCAGUACGACAAGUGUGGAGUAUGUGGGGGAGACAACUCCAGCUGCACAAAGGUGGUUGGAACCUUCAAUAGGAAAAGUAAGGGUUACACUGACGUUGUGAGGAUCCCUGAAGGGGCCACCCAUAUAAAAGUCCGACAGUUCAAAGCCAAAGACCAGACAAGAUUCACUGCAUACUUAGCCUUGAAGAAGAAAAAUGGUGAGUACCUCAUCAACGGGAAGUACAUGAUAUCCACCUCAGAGACCAUCAUUGACAUCAACGGGACGGUCAUGAACUACAGCGGCUGGAGCCACAGGGACGACUUCUUGCACGGUAUGGGCUACUCUGCCACGAAGGAAAUUCUAAUAGUGCAGAUUCUUGCAACGGACCCCACUAAAGCAUUAGAUGUUCGUUACAGUUUUUUUGUUCCCAACAAGUCCACUCCAAAAGCAAACUCUGUCACUAGCCAGGGCAGCAAUAAAGUGGUACCCCAUCCUUCACAGCCACAGUGGGUGACGGGCCCGUGGCUGGCUUGCUCUAGGACCUGUGACACAGGCUGGCACACGAGGACGGUGCAGUGCCAGGACGGAAACCGGAAGUUAGCAAAGGGAUGUCCCCUCUCCCAAAGGCCUUCUGCAUUUAAGCAGUGUUUGCUAAAGAAAUGUUAGCCUGUGGUUAUGAUCUUACGCACAAAGAUAACUGGAGGACUCAGCACUGACGCUGCCGUGGUGAAUGAGAGGUCUACCUGUGUGCAGAAAGUCAUGUUUCAGUGUCAUUGUCUAUGGGAGUCAAAUUAUGGGCAGAAUCUGCUCUCUGUGACCAAAAGAAGAUGUGCACUGCUUCAUGUGACAACGGUGACAUUGGAAUAUAGAAUAAAUCGGGAAUGAUUCAACAUCCCCUGAGCCUACAAAAAUGAAAGAAAAAAAAAGAAGAAGAAAAAGUAAAACACUGAUGAAUGUAGAAUCAGGGGACAUUUGAAGAUGGCAGAAGAGUCUGCCCUUUGUCACCUACCUCUUAGAGAAUGUCUGUAAAGGCAUUGUAAUCAUUUUCACCCAUGAUACACAGUAGCUUAUUUUUACUGUUUGUAAAUACAUCCUUCCUUGGUAUGUCACUUUAUAUCCCUUGAUUCUGUUAAAAGUAUAUACAUACAUAUAUAUAUAUUUAUAUAUUCGUAUAUAUAUUUAUAUAUAUAUAUAUUUCUAUAAAAUGUGUUCGACCAAAGUAGGUCUGCAGCUAUUUCAACUCCCUUCAGUUUCCAGAAAGAGCUGUGGAUGUUUUACUGGAAAUUAAGAACUUGCUGCUGUUUUAAUAAGAUUUAGUGUAUUUUCUGACUACAGGAGAUAAAAUUUGAGUCAAAAACCAUUCUGACAGCAAGCAUCUUCUGAGAAAUUCUGAAAAGAAAGAGGAGCUUAGUGUAUAUAGUCAUUUAAAUAUACACACAUGUCCAUCUCCUCACAUCUUUAACUGCCUGUAUUUUUAUCAGGUAGCCAGCCAAAUUCAUGCAUAAUUUAGGAUGUAAAGUAGGGUUUGCGUGUGUGUUAUGUGACCGGUAUUCAAGAGUCCAAAAUCUAGUUUCCUCGUGUUAGAAUUUAAAAGAAAAAGAUACAUAUUUCACUGUGUUUUUGAUUUAUAUUUUCACAGAUACUUUCUCUUCCUAUGGCUCUCAUCUGGAAUCUUACAAUGUGUAAUGUGCAUUCAAAACACACAGCUAAGAUUGUUCUGUCAUAUCCAACACCGUCAACACUGGUAUACCUCUUACCAGCAGGCCUUUAAAAAGCACUUGCAAUUGUGUUUGCUUGUUCGUUUUGUUCAAGGGUUCCAGGAGACCUACAAUGUUGUGUACUGCUUCUCCACGUAGUGUAGGCACAUCGAAGAUCACGUGGUAAUUAGCCACCUCUAAAAGUGGUUAUCAUCAUUAAUGUGCUUAACGCAGGGGAAAAAAAAGUGAUUGUUAUUAAUAAGACUGUUUCCACACCAUAGGCUAUACUCCUUCAAAAUUCUUUUAUGUCUAACUAUAUUUCUACUGUACUAAAGAUUUUUCCCAACUGGAAAGCAUUUGGUUGUGCCAGUUAAGUGUUUGAGUGAUGCAAUGUGAUGGUUUUCAGGAAGUUGUUGCUUUUAUUUCAUAGCCUGUUUAGGUAGGUUGUAAGUUUAAAUAGUUAGACAUCAUUUUUUUUUUUAUAAUCAUACAUCUACAAAACUGUCUUUUAGAUGGUGAACUGUAUACCCUGGCACUGCAAAACUCAGAAAAUCUAAGAUAUUUCAUGGGGAUUAUUUUUUAUGUAUGAAAUACUGCAAAGCCAAUUGUUUUUUUAUAAAAUUUUAUAAUAAUCAUACCCAAUGUGCCUGUUGUUAAAGAUUUGCAUAUAAGGAUAUUAGGGAUCCAUUGUUUGAGUUCCAUUAAGCUCAUGGAGUUUAUUUUUAUUAGAAGAUAUUUUUAAUAUAAAUGAAUUAUGUAAUUGAUCUCACUAUAUCACUUUCUUUUCAGUGGACCAGGAAAACAAGUGUCUCACUGUUUUAAGUAUUUUCUUAAGAAAUUAUUUUUUAAAAAAAUAAUUGUUAUAGAACACCAAUGAUUAUUCUUAUUCUUUGAAUUUAAACAGAAAUUCUGAUUUAUAUGUGGUAAUUUUUUUCUUAACAACUAGUCAGUUCAAGAAAUAAGACCUAUACAAGGCUGAUAACCUAUAUUUGAUGGAUAUCACCAUCUACCAAAGACAUGAACCAAAGCUAGUCAAAUAAGUCAGAAAAAACUGAUAAAAGCACUUUGACCAUUUGAUUGUGCAAAGAGAAUGGAGAGUGCAAUGUUACUUUUUCCAAUAUUGAAAGAAAUUUUAAUCAAGUAACUCAAAUGUAACAAAAUUUAUUUUUAUAUUUAGUGGUUAUAUUACCAAUAACAUUAAGAAAUAAUUGAGAGCAGGCAUAGUUGUCUGCUACUCUGCUUCUUUGUACUGGAUUCAUAGAUUUUUAAAAUGAUUUAUCAAUGAUUCAUUUUCCCCCAAAUAAUGAUAUCUUACACUUCUCACUGAAACAUUGCAAGUGAACGUAGAGCCAAUAAACCACUAUGCCAUGCUUUCCUUUUUUUUUUUUUUGACCUUUUUUAACCUUUUUCUUAUGAGUAUUACUAGAUUGACUGAGGAAUGUAUAUCUAAACUCCUAGAAAAGUGAUACAGACUGGAAACUAUGAUUCAGAAAACGGGAGUGUUCAAUGGAUGCAAAGAAUGAUGAACAAAGGGAAGAUACCAUAUGUCUAUAACUCCAUCCAAUUCAGUUCAGUUUCCAUUUGUUCUGUCUUCCACCUCACUGUAACUGCCAUCUUGAAUUUUUUUAAAAAUCUAAAAUUCAGGAUGCUAGGAGCUACUUCUUAAAAAAAAAAAAUAUCUGAAAAUGCUCAGGUUUGUAGAAAUCUAAUCUCACUUACCUAAUAAGUAAGUAUCUUUCGUUACAUACGAAGGGAACCUAGAAGAAAAUCACAUCUAUUUCUUCCAGACCAGAAAAAGGCAAAUUAAGCCCCACCUCCCUGGUCAUGGUAUUGGGCCAUUGUUAUAAUUUACUCAAUAAAUUCAACUUCCUUUGCCUUCCUGUGGAAACAGUUUUAUCUCAUUAAACUAAGAAUUAAGAGAUGAAUCACAAACAAACAAAAAGUACUUUGCAGCACUGAAAAAAAAAAGUAAUUUAUUGUUUUUGCAACUGGUAUGUGAAUUUGUGUGAUAAAAUUAUUUAUUCUUAUUUAACAAAAAUAUGUGCAAAUUCUUCUAUAUUUAAAAUGUUUUGCUGUUGUCUUUCUUUUUAAUUUAUGCUUUAUGUUUGUGUAUAAAGUACACUUUGUGAGUUUACAUAAUGUUCAGCACUGGUCGAAUUUGUAUAUUUUUACAGAAAGCUUUUCGUGUAAAGCAGGCGUAUGUGUAUAUAUUCCUCAUGUAUCCCUAUUCUGAUACUAACAUUUUCCUACCUAAGGAAAUUUUAAAUUCAAUCUUUCAUGACUAGUUCACAUUCAUUACUUGUUGCUAAGUCAAUAGGUCUUUUACAUCCUAUUAACACUAGUUUUCCCAAGUCAGUGAUAAGAAAAAUCCUUAUACAAUCAAACAAGGUGCAAGUUCUAAAUCUGGGUGCACAGCCUAGAAGCUUACCACAGAUGCUGAGACAUAGUCAAGAGGCAGGUCCAUUCACUGAUAAACCUGGACAAGUUGCUGCUCAUGUAUUAGAUGAAAGUUGUGUACAUACCACCUCUGAGGAGUAUAAAUGAUAAUGAAACCAAAUAUUGCCUUUUACUGCUUUAGAAACAUCUGCUGAAAUGAAUAUCAUUUGGUCUCUGGUGUCUGUAGGAUUCCAUAGACAAGGGCAAACACAUUGGAUUUGUGUGAUUCAGAUGCUAGGAGUCAUAAUUGUUUCUACAGACAUGGGGUGUCCAUGAAUAGAAUAGGACUGUCCCCUACUGCUAUUGAAUCCCCUGAAAUGAUGAUAAGAUUUGGGACAGGCAGGGUUAUCUCUAAUGACAUCAACUUACCACUGACUGUGAUUUCACAGUCUGAUCCCAGCAAUAAGCAAAGCAACCUUCGUCUCAUAGCACGGGUCACACCAGUCUCUGGUUCUGAUAUUUCCCUCUUGACUCCUUCCUUGUUAACAUGGUCACUGUAAUGGUUUAGGUGAGGACAGCAGCUAGAUUUGAAGUCCAGGGCUUGUGCUAUAACUUAACGUUCACUGUAAAAUAAGAUUGAAUUUAAUAAUGACUGCAUUUUGUGGUGGUUUAUGACUCAGUGUGAAAUCUCAUUGGCAUGAUUGGUGCAUAUUACUAAUUUUUUCAUAAUUAAACUUAAGGGCACACAAAGACUUUAUAUUCUUAAACAUUUCAAACAAAAAAAUAAAUGAAAUAACCAUGAGUACACAAUGGUCAUCUCAGGCUACAAUAGAAUGAAAUUUGAGGUGCUUUAUUAUUUAGAUACACAAAAAAGAAUUUGUGCAUUUUUUAUUAUUUUUCUCAUUUGUCAACAACCUAUAGUUUUAGAUUAUCAGACAGAUUAACUUGACUGGCUAGUACUCUGGAAAAAAAUUAUUAUAAUAGCAUUCUGUUAGCAUGAAUUACCCAAACAAUACGUCGUUAUGAAACAUGUCAGUCUAUAAUUGUGCAUAACUGUGUUCUACUGAAGUAAUGUGUAGGAGCAUAUUGACAUAAAAAUCAUGCAUUUAUCAGCCAAAAAAAAUAGGAAUAAAUAUGGUGAUCAGAUCAGCAAAGAAUUCCAUCUGGCAAAUGCCUGAUGUUAUAAUUCUCAAUGCAGGUUUUGUGGGAAAAAUAAAGGAAUGUGUUGUUAAACGUUGGAUUUGACGGAAAAUAAGACAUUAACAUACACAUUAGUUCUCCCAGUUAAUUGUACCCUACUAAUACACUAGCACUUUAGCAAUAAUUUUUCUUGGUCGUUAUUUGCUUAUCUUCUCCACCACCUAACUAGUCCAUUUGGCUCGUUAGGUCAACUAAAAUUAAAUAACGGUUGAUGAUCCUGUAAAGCACUACCACAUCAGAGUGAUCCAGAGUCUAACACUGUGAGGAAAACUGUGAUUUGUAAAUACAACAGGGCACACUUUUUUACUUUUUUCAUUUUCCUUUGGCACAUUCAGUGAAUAACUGUUAAUUGUUAUCAAGGUGCUAACAGCUUUAGUGACUCACUGUCCAAUGUAGUAUCUCUGAAUUACGACUUUUCUUCUACACGAUUUUACCAUUUACAGAAAAAGACCUGUAAGGGAAGACACAACUUGGUACUGAAAAGUUUAGGAAAUAAGUACAUUCUAUGGUCAUUGUGACCAAGGGUGCUCAGUAGCAUAUACUAUAUGUGCAUCUGAGGAUACUGAAGGUGUCAUCAAAACUUGAAGAGCGCCAGGCUGGCGUAGCAGACUUUUGGAUGGGUCAUGUGUCUGCAUUUACUGCAUCCUCGGCCUUCCAUUCAAACUUUUGUAUAUACUCCUCCUGAUUAUUUUAAGCUUCGCAGUAUUUUAUGUCCAUAGUAAACACUUGAUGGCUGUAUCUCGGCCUUUUCUUUAACAACUCACAACAUAUUAGAAAUAUUUCUGCCUAUAUCAAGAGUUUAUUUAGAAUAGAAGAUCCUACUGUGUGUGACUUUGUGAGGCUAGAGAUUUCAUUCAGAAAUAUAUAGUCCCUAGAUGUUAUUUUUGCACUAUAUACUCAGGCAUGACAUAAACAUGGUUGGUUCUUCUUGCUACAAUGAAGAGUUGACAAACACUGCUUAUGUUUUUGUAUGACCUGUUAAUCAGAGGAAAUCAUACACAUGCUUUGUAAAUAAACUUUGAAGAUAACCAGAUAGAGGAAAUGUGUUCCAUUUGAGAUAUAUAUAAUGGCACAAAUAUUUGAUUUCUCUAUUACAGUAUGUGAGUCAAGUCAAGUAAUGAACUUGAGUAGGUGUAACUGAGAUUUUUAAAUCCUGCCUUUUUAACAUGCUGUCAUGGUAAAGGAGAACAUUGAAGACUUACACACUGUAGAGGAGAUGUGCCUGAAAGCUGGUCAUUACACUCAACCCAAUUCUCCAGAAUAUGGUAUAUAAUUCAGUUGUGAAACUAAAAAUCUUGGAAAACUAAGAUGGGUCUUGUUUAAAAUGUCUCUUCAGCUUUGGCAAACUUCAAAUGUCAAAAAACUAGUUAAAGCAUUACUGUGUCUUAUAAUCUGCAUUCCACAAAAGUUCUGUCAGUCAGGUAAACCACUUGCACUGAGCCGUUUGGGACCUAUACUGUAACAUUUUUCUUUGAGGAACAAUAUCCUAUUUUGUAAAACAUUUCCCUAUGUGUGACUUUAAACUGUAAAGUUAAACAUUGGUUUUGUGGUUUCAGUGAGCAUAAUAAAUAUAAAUUAUAAACUAGA